AACUCAUCCAUACACAAUCAUUCAACUUUAAUUGCCUAUCAGAAAAUUAAAAAAUCAAAUCAUUCAAUUUUCAAUCUCAAACCAUUUUCAUCUCCCUUCCCCCACCCACACCAACCCUCACAUUUUUCUCACCAAAGCACACUUUUCCUUCACACUAUAUUCAAUCUCAAAUUCCACACCCAAAUCUACUUACCUGUUCCCCAUUUUUUUUUCUUCAAAAAACCCCCAAAAACCACACUCAUAAUUUCAGCUCAAAUUCAUCAUAACCACUAACCCAAACCUAAAGCCAAAACUCUCAUUUCUCUAAAAUCACACUCAACAAAAAGAAACAGAAUAAAUACCCAGAAUAUUCCAAGAACCCCACAUAAAAACACCCCUUUCGCUUCAUAACCUUUCUCAAUCGCAUUCUCAAACACAAAAUAAAAUAAUGGGAACUUUAUUGUUAGAAGGUUGGUUAGUUCUCCCAUUUUUCUUUAUGUUUCUUUCUAUUUACCUAAUCGGUUACUUCAUUGUUUUCCGUAACCGAACCCUAAAGAAUCGAUCUGAAUUUUCAAGCUGCUUGAUUUCACUCUUUCACGGCACACCCGCCGCAAUUCUCGGCGCAACCGCUGUGUUCGCCGAUAGCAACCGCGGCUUCGCCGCUGUCAACACCGAUUUCCAGAAAACUGUUCUCGAUUAUAGCAUCGCUUACUUCAUAACCGAUCUGUUACACUACGUCGUUUUCUUUCCAAGCGACGUUCUCUUUAUCGCUCACCAUUUAGCCACGCUUUUCGUCAUCGUCACGUGCCGUCACGUGGUCUCACACGGCGCUUUCUCCGUCGUGGUUUUGCUUGCUCUCGCUGAAGUCACGAGUUUGUGUCAGAAUAUAUGGACGCUAGCCGGUGCUUGUCGCCGGGAAGAUCUGUUUGCCGCUAGGGUUUACGACGCAUUGUCGCCGCCGUUUUAUGUGAUGUAUUCUAUUGUGAGGGGGUUUGUGGGCCCUUACUUUGUUUUUAGGAUGGUAAUGUUUUAUGCUAGUGGGCUUGCUUUUGGGCUUAUUCCUACAUGGAUUUGGGCUUCUUGGGCUAUUGUUGUGUUUGGGGCUAUUGGGGUUAGUAUUAUGUGGAUUUACUCUCGUUGGGUUGAAUUCUUUAGGGAAAGAAAUACUAGUGCCAAAUUAGAGGCAAAAAUUAGAUAGGGUUUGUUGUAACCAUUUAUAACUAGCAUUGUUAAUUUUUUGUUGAUUGUUAUUAAUUACUGCUUCCACUGAAGAAUUUAUAUAACUGUGAUGUUGUUUAA